CUUGCUAGCGUUGAGGAAAGUAUCCAGUUCAACGAAGAAGACAUUUUAGACCUGAAGAAGGAGUCAAAGGAGUCAAAGUUUGAAAUAAAUGAUCUUCGAAGCAGUUAUUGUAAUGUAGAAACCUAUUCAGGAAGAGAAAAUGUUAAAGUCUUUGGGAUUGACGAAGUAGUGCCUGUAUCUGAAGUUGACUCCCCACCCGAGGAUACAAGAGAUUUAUUGUUCAAAUUCCUAGAAAACAAGCUUCGUAUUGAAAACCCUCGGGGUAGAAUCGAGUUCCAAAGAGUCCCUCGUUUGGGAAAGCCUGACAACAGCAGUAACAAACCUCGCCCAAUUAUCGCACGUUUCUUACGAUAUUCGGACAAGGAAAUGGUGAUGGAUCAAGCCCGCAAGGAGUUAAAGAGGCAAGAGGACAAACAAUUUUCUGUGUUUAACGAUAUACCAAAAAAACUUUAUGAAAUAAGGAAAAGUCAGAUGAAAAAGUUCAAGGAAGCCAGAGGCAAAGGCUACACAGUAUACUUCAGCAAAGCGAAACCAAAUAAGUUAUUUGUUAAUGGUAAAUUUAUUCCUGUAAAUGCUCCGUUGACAGGUUUUGUUUAG